AUGGAGGGGUUGUCAAGAACAAAUAUUGUUUCUGAUACAUUUUAUGGAACAAGAGAUGAUAUAACAGAACAAUUUGGUAUAAUGUGGGGACAAAUCAAAGCUCCAUUGAUUGUUCCUCUUUUAAGGAUUUCAGUUUUUUUAUGUCUUGUUAUGUCUGUAAUGUUGUUUGUUGAAAGAGUUUAUAUGUUUGUUGUCAUUACUUUAUUGAAAGUUUUUGGUAAAAAACCUCAAAAAAAAUACAAAUGGGAGCCAUUAAAAGAUGAUGUUGAGCUUGCUAAUUCAUCUUAUCCUAUGGUUCUUGUUCAAAUACCAAUGUAUAAUGAAAAAGAGGUUUAUCAGCUUUCAAUUGGAGCUGCAUGUGGACUUUCAUGGCCUUCUGAUCGUAUUAUAGUACAAGUUCUUGAUGAUUCAACAGACCCCAUUACAAAGAAUUUGGUGGAAAUUGAAUGCCAAAGAUGGGCAAACAAAGGGAUAAAUAUAAAAUAUGAAGUGAGAGACAAUAGGAAUGGAUACAAAGCAGGUGCUUUGAAAGAAGGAUUGAAACAUUCUUAUGUGAAGCAAUGUGAUUUUGUUGCUAUUUUUGAUGCUGAUUUUCAACCUGAACCUGAUUUUCUAUGGCAAACAAUUCCAUUUCUAGUUCACAAUCAUGAACUUUCACUUGUUCAAGCUAGGUGGAAAUAUGUUAAUGCUGAUGAAUGUCUAAUGACAAGAAUGCAAGAAAUGUCAUUGGAUUAUCAUUUCUCUGUGGAGCAAGAAGUUGGCUCUUCAACACAUGCUUUUUUCGGAUUUAAUGGCACUGCAGGUGUUUGGAGAAUCGCGGCGAUAGAUGAGGCUGGAGGUUGGAAGGACAGGACAACGGUUGAGGAUAUGGACCUCGCUGUCCGUGCUAGUCUCAAGGGAUGGAAAUUCUUGUUCCUUGGUUCUGUCAAGGUAAAAAACGAAUUACCAAGUACGUUGAAGGCCUAUCGUUAUCAACAACAUCGUUGGUCCUGUGGCCCAGCCAAUCUCUUCAGGAAAAUGUGUAUGGAGAUCAUAAGAAACAAGAAAGUGUCUUUGUGGAAAAAAGUUCAUGUGAUUUACAGCUUCUUCUUCGUUAGGAAGGUCGUAGCUCAUAUUGUUACUUUCGUAUUCUAUGUUGUGGUAUUACCCGCCACUGUAUUAGUACCUGAAGUUGAGGUUCCGAAGUGGGGAGCUGUUUACAUUCCUGCCAUCAUUACGCUACUAAAUGCUGUUGGAACUCCACGGUCACUCCAUCUGCUGGUAUUCUGGAUCCUUUUCGAGAAUGUAAUGUCACUCCACCGUACUAAGGCCACCUUCAUCGGCUUGUUGGAGGCAGGACGAGUGAAUGAAUGGAUUGUCACGGAGAAAUUAGGGGAUGCGCUGAAGUUAAAAUCAGCUACCAAAGCGUUUAAAAAACAUCGUAUGAGGCUAGGUGACAGGAUCCAUUUGUUAGAGUUUGCUGCUGGUGCAUACCUCUUCUUCUGUGGAUGUUAUGACAUUGCAUUUGGUACUAACCACUAUUUCCUCUACCUCUUCAUUCAAGCAUUCGCCUUUCUCAUCGUUGGAUUUGGUUACGUUGGUACUUUCGUCCCCAACUCAUAAUCAACGCUCGUGAAACUGAUCUUACGGUAUGAAUCUUAAGCUUUUUCGCCCUGUGCUCCCCUCUCAGUAGCACAACAAAAAUAGUGUGGCGUUGAAGCGCCCUUUCUUGUUUAUGAGUGUUGUUUUUGAUCAUUUUGUAAAGAGAUAAAUAGUUGGGUAUAUUCUUUUUAGGUCAUUUCAAACAUGAAGUGAUUCGAGCCCUGAGGGGUCAGGGCUCGAAUCGUGUUUGUUCUCUUUGUGUAUAUUCUCAGAAAGAGUCCUAUGGCUAAAUGCAGCAUCAUAUACAUAGGAAGGAGAUGCAAAAAAGAUAUGAUUUUUUUGUUCCUAUUCAUUUUACUGAGAUGUAAUUUGGUUUCAAAUAUCAAUGCAGAGCUAAUGUUUACAUUUCUCUA